CUUUUAUUUUCCUGUCACAGGCCUUCUGCAGUAGGCCAAACACAGGAGUCUUGGCUGAAGGCUUCAGUGGGUUGUGAUUAUGGAGGAGAAGGCAGGAGCUGCCGUGGAGCUCCAGGGACUGUCCCCUGACAUACCAGAUGAGCUGCUCACACUCUACUUUGAGAACCGCCGUCGCUCUGGUGGGGGGCCUGUGCUCAGCUGGCACAGACUUGGCUCUGGGGGUAUCCUCACCUUUCAAGACCCUGCAGAUGCAGCAGGGGUCUUGGACCAGGCAAAGCACCAGCUACAUGGUGCCCAGCUGAGCCUGCGGCCAGCCCCACCUCGUGCCCCUGCACGCCUGCUCCUCCAAGGACUACUGCCUGGCACUGCACCUCUGCGUCUGGAGCAGCACGUCCAGGCCCUGCUGUGUACCCUAGGGCACCCAGUACAGGCCUGCCACGCCCUGGACAGCCCCCGGCAGGACCGCGUCCUAGUCCAGCUGCCCACGCCCCUGUCUGAGGCGGAAGUCCAUGUUCUGGAGGAGCAGGCCAGGAAUCUGAGGCUGGAUGGGGCCUCAGUGUCCUUGGCCUGGGUGCCCCAGGCCCGAGCAGUGCGUGUGGUGGACACCUGCCCUGUGGACUUGAUGCUGCUGGAGCUGUACCUGGAGAAUGAACGCCGCAGUGGUGGCGGGGCCCUGGAGGGCCUGCGCAGCCUGCCCAGGAAGCUGGGCAUUGUUGUCUCCUUCCAGCAGUGGCAGGUGGCUGAACGAGUGCUUCUGCGGGAUCACUGGCUGCAGGACUCCAAGCUGAGCCUUGUCCCUCACUACGAGGUCUUGGAGCCAGAGGAGCUUGUUGAGGACGCCAGUGGAGGGGAUCACCCAGACACACUGGGGCCUGGGGCCACUAAGAAUGCUCUCCUGGAGGGGGGCCUGGCAGAGACCCAUAGGAGUACAGAGACUGUGACUGUGGGCUCUGGGGAGGCACCAGAGCAAUUGGGAGCCUCUCUGACAGGUCCUGUGGGGUCACCGGAUCAGGAGGAACCCAUAAUCCCAGGGAUUUCACCAGAGGAGGCAACUGUGUCUCCAGAGCAGGCUAGGCUCUCAAGCCAGGAGCCCAUAGGAUCUGCAGGCCCAGUGGGCCCAGUGGGGAGCUUUUCAGAGUUGCCUGGGCAGGUAGGCAGCCCAGGAUCUGUAGGGCAGGAGGGCCUGGUGGAAGCUGCCAUCAGCUCACCAGGGGAGGAGGGACUAGUGGGUUCCAUGGGGAUCGCCGUGGAAUCUCCAGAGAAGGUCAAGCUGGAGAGCCCUGGGGAUGUGGAACUGCUGGGGCAGGAGGACCUUGUGGAGAUGGUACUGCCCACGGAGCCGGGGGCAAUGCGCUUCCUGCAGCUUUAUCAUGAGGACCUCCUUGCCAGUCUGGGAGACAUUGCCCUCUUCCCACUUGAAGGGACAGAUACGACUGGCUUUCGGCUCUGCGGAGCCCUGGCCCAGUGCCAGGCAGCCAUGGAGUUGCUGCAGAGUCUGCUGGGCAGCAUUAGCUGCCAUGUGCUAAGCCUGGGACAUCCAGGCAGCGCCAGGUUCCUGCUAGGUUCAGAGGGGCAGCACCUUCUCCAGGAGCUGGAGGCUCGGUUCCAAUGCGUCUUUGGGACAGAGCGCCUGGAGGGUGCCAUCCUGGACAUGGACCCUGAAGAGGUGGAUCCCACAGAGGCCCUCCAGGUCUUCCCUGGUGACAGCCACACCUCAUGGCCUCCAGACAGUACAGGCAGUGAUCAGGAGGAUGUGAACAUGGAGGAGAUCCAAAAGCUUCUGGCCACCCUGGAGGGCCUAGACGGGGAGUCCUGGCAUCCUCUGGAGCCGAGGGAGGAGAGGCCUGAGGAGCAGUCAGAGGAAGAGGACACUCCAGGGCAGGAAGAAGAAAAGCCUACCCCUGGAGCUGAGGAGGAUCCUGUGACCCCCAUCACUGGAGCACCUGGGCGGUUAAAUGAGGAAGCUGAGCUACAGCUGGCCCUCCACCGGUCACUGGCGCUUCAAGGCCAGGUGGCUGAGCAGGAGGCUGUUGCACUAAGGCAAGCCCUGGCCCUCUCCCUGUUGGAGCAGCCCCUGUUGGAGUCAGAAGAGCUUCUGGAUGGGGGGACUAGUGGCAAGGCCCAGCUGGUGGUACAUGCACCCUUUGAGCAGAAUAUGGAUGAAUUGGAGCAGGCACUAGUGGCUGCCUUGGAGGUACACCUUAAGGAGGAGACAGUGAGACUCCAAGGCCGUGUGCUGCCCACAGAACUUUGUACUCGCCUGGAGCAGUGCUAUGGUGUGAAUAUUGUCCUGCGUGGUGACUGCCCCAUCAUCCGUGGCUUUGGGAUUCAGCCUGCCCGGGCGGCUCACCACUUAUCCGCACUGUUUGCUGGCCCGUGGGAUCAGAGUUUGGCUUCUCCAUUGGUGACUUCAGACACCACCGUGCCAGAGCAGAAGCUACAAGGACCCUUGGGUAGUCUGGAGGGCUUGGCAGAGAACACCAGGGAGUUCCAGGAAGUGGUGCAGGCCUUCUACAGCACCCUGGAUGCUGUCCACAGCAGAAUCCGCAUCAUCCGGGUGGAGCGCGUGUCGCAUCCGCUGCUGCAGCAGCAGUACCAGCUGCAUCUCCAGCGCCUGAUGCAACGCUGCACGCAGCGCCCGGUGGAGCGGGUCCUGUACCACGGGACGUCGGCGUCCGCAGUGCCUGACAUCUGCGAGCACGGCUUCAACCGUAGCUUCUGCGGCCGCAACGGCACGCUCUACGGGCGAGGUGUGUACUUCGCCAAGCGCGCCUCCCUGUCGGUGCUGGACCGCUACUCGCCCCCGGACGCUGACGGCCACAAGGCGGUGUUCGUGGCUCGGGUGCUGACUGGCGACUACGGGCAGGGUCGCAGCGGUCUGCGGGUGCCUCCUCUGCGGGCCCCUGGCCACGUGCUGCGCUACGACAGCGCCGUGGACCGCCUCCACGAGCCCAAUAUCUUCGUCAUCUUUCACGACACCCAGGCGCUGCCCACACAUCUCAUCACCUGCGAGCGCAUUCUCCAUGCUUCCCCUGGGGGUCCCCCUGAGCUCUUGGACUCCUCCCCGGCCACCUGACCCCAGAGGCCAGCUCCUCAGGUCCCCCCUUCUGCACGGCUCCUUGGAGCCAGAGCUGUCCCUGGGGACGCCUCUUGCGGGAGAGCGGACGAGGAGGGCCGGGCGGGCCCCACCAGCAGGGGUCAGCCGAGCGCGGCAGGAGGUGCGCGGGCCGGACACACCCGUCCUGGCUGCACUGCGCCCCAGCGCGGCUGUCUGAAUAAACCUGUACGGGAAGCCAGGCGGAAGGGCCCGCUGCCGCUCUGAAU